AUGCCAGAAGACUGCGGUAACCAUGGCUGUCUCCGCAACAUAAAAGCCAAACCCGUAUGUAUCUGCAGCGGAAUCGUCGUUGUCGUAUUGAUCGUAGUCGUCUUUCUCAUUCACAUCCCAUGGCUAUGGCCCACUAGGCCAAGAUUCAUCCUCCAAGACGUAACCGUCUUCGUCUUCAACCUCUCUUCACCUCACCUCCUCACAACCACCUUCCAGAUCACCAUUUCAGCACGAAACCCUAAUCCCAAAACCGGAAUCUACUACGACUAUCUCCAUGUCUACGCUUCUUACAUGGACCAACAGAUCACUUUCCCCACAACCAUUCCUCCCACGUAUCAGGAACACAAGGAACACAAUGUCUGGUCUCCGUUCGUGUACGGAACUUCCGUCUCCAUCGCUCCGCUCAACGGCGCCGCCCUCUCCUGCGAACAGAAUGGUGGGCUCGUCGCGUUGAUGAUAUGCGCCGAUGGGCGCGUGAGAUGGAAGUUUUGGAUUGUCUCAAGAAGGUCCCAUCUCAGUAUUCGUUGCCCUGCGUAUAUCAAUCCAUGGAAUCAAGCUGCCGGUACCAUUGUCGGUGAAAACGCCGUUAAGUAUACGUUGGCCACCAAGUGCAGCGUCAGCGUCAGCGUUUGAAGACUGCCGGCGAAUUUGACGGUGUUAAGUCGGUUUACGUAUGCGGAAU